AUGAUCUCUCUCCUGGGAGUAUCCAAGCCAAUCCUCGAGAAUGUUAUCUUCUGCCAUCAGGAGGACUCAAACUGGCCACUAAGUGAAGGCAAGGCCCUUAAGAUGAAAUUUGAUGACAUAUUUGCGUCAACUCGUUACGUCAAGGCUCUUGAUGUCAUCAACAAAUGUAGGAAAGAGCAGACUGUACAGAUAAAAGAGUACAAGAGUGAGAUGAAGUACUUGAGGCAGAACAAGUCUAAAGUUGAAGAGAUUCAAAGUCGUCUGCUGAAUUUGGAGGAACGGCGGGAGGCGAACCUGGAUGGUUUGAAAAAUGUGAAUUUCAAACUGGAGCCUAAGUUGGAUAAAUUGAAUGCCCUGGAAAGAAGAGAAGAUGAUAUAAGGAAGAUCAGCAAUUCAGUAGGUUCCUGUGAGGAGCUUAAUGAAGAAAUCACAGAAUUUAAAAAUAAAAUGCGUGACAAAGCUGAGUGCCUCAAAAACCACCAGGAAGAGUUGAAUUCAGUAGACGGCAUGAUGGUAACCACCAGCAAGCAAAAGUCGAAGAUUGUGAUGGAACAUGCCAGGUUGCAACAGGAGUCUGAGAGAAAUAAGAAGAACAUAUCAGAAAGAAACAGCUUGUUACAGCAAAUCAACGUCGGUCACAGACUUCUCGGUCAGUUAAGACGUCAGCAUGAUGCUUACACAAAGAAGUCUUCGGAUGUACAGGUGGAGUUGAACAAAAAGCGUGAAACAAAAACAAAACUGGAAACCGAGUGUUCCAUCAAAGAGGAGAACCUGAAACGCAAUGAAGCUGAAAUAGCAAAGAUGACAAGCGCACUGACCAAGAUAAAUACAUCUGCUGGCAAGUUGGACACGGUUAAGAACAACAUCAGUAAACUCGAAAGUGAAAUGGCUGAAUUGGAGCGCGGAAUGAAUGUCAGCGAGAUGAAACAGGAAAUCCAACAACUUCAAAAGUUGAGGUCUUCCCUCGAUGCAGAGGUCCGAAAGUUCGACCGUGAGCUAAGUGACUUGAACCAGGACAUGGCUGUCAGGACGCAACUGGAUAUCCAUAAUAAGGAUAAGUUGAGCAAGGAGGAAAACAUCAGAAAGAUCCUCUCAAAAAAUGAAGACACAUUGAAACACGUUCUUGGAACAGUUCAUGGAGAAACAUUGAAGAAACAGUUAGACGAGUAUAUCAGAGAGAAGUCAAAGAAUGUUCGAAGUCAUGUUGAUAGGCUGCAGAGGAUGAAGAGUCAACACACGAAACUCGAAGCCAUUCGAAACGUUGAACAAGAAACAUUAAAAAAGAAGCAAAAUGAAUUAAGAGGCCAUGAAGAGAAGAUCAACUCAAUAACCCGAGGAAAGGAUUUUAUGGAAGGUCUAGGCGCUCUGACCUCCAAGUUGCAAACUAGUCAAGACAACAAGGGCCACCUGAUGGCGGUGGAGUACAUGUUCAAGAAGUACAUAGACAAACUUCACAAGGAGAACCCCGACUGCCCCCUCUGUCAUCGACCAUUUGAUGAACAGUCCGAAGUCGAAGAACUCAUUUCUGAGAUGGAAGGAAAGCUGAACAUCAUUCCAGAAAAAAUGGAAAAGUUGCAGGAAUCUAUCGCCGAGACGAGCCGAGACUACGAAGCCUGGCUGAAGUUGAACCCAAUAAAAGAUAUCAUGGUGACUCUUCGGGAUGAUGAAAUUCCAAAAAUUGAGGCCAGUAUUCAAAAGCUCACUAACGAGAUAUCUGCUCUCGUGCUUGAAAUUAAUGAGAAAGAGGAAGAGAUGGAGGCGGACACAAACGAUGAGUCACUUGCCAAGUCGCUAACGUCUGAUGCAGCUGUGGUUGAGAGGUUCCACCUGGAGGCCAAUGACCUCAACAGGAAGAUUACUGCACUUUCGAAUAAACUUACAUCUGGUAAUACUAGCCGAACGGUAGACCAGGUACAGACGGACAAGAAGAACAAGAUAGACGAAUUAGACAGUACAUCUAAGGAAUUGCAAGAGAAGCAGACGUCACUGGAUCAGCAGCAGGAUAAAGUAAGGAAAGUGCAGAACAGCAUCCACCAGUUGAAGGAUGAGAGGUUGAGGAUUGAAGGAGAAUUUCAAUCGAAGAUUAAGUUAGAGUCCAAUAAAGCCGACCUCGUCAAGCAGAAUGAACAACUUGUCCAGCAAAUUCGUCUGGAAAUAGAAGAGGUCAUGAAGGAGAAGAGACAACUUGAUGGAGAGCAGGAAGCAGAAACUAACAGGGCUAAUGUCAAGUUAGGCUGCAUGCGAUCUACGAAGAUCUUGCUUGCAUUCAAACCCGGCCACGGUUACAGCAAGAGCAGGCGCUUUAACCAUUUUACACUUUCUAGGCGCCAUAUUUUAUAUCCGAAUUCAAGUAUCUUUGGUGUAAAUAUUGGAAAUGAACAGGUGAACAAGUUACUGGAUGAUAUGAAGCAAUUGAAAUCAGUUCAGUCGGAUGUAGAGAGGUACGAGGAUGAAGAUGGUGACAAAGCACUGGGCGACAUUAUUUCCCAGAUGGACACGUUGAAUGGCAGGCUGAAGUCACUGGAGCAGAAGAAGUUGGAUGUCGCUAACGUUGUGCAACAGUUGAACGAAGAACUCACCACGCAAGAGACACAGAGGCGAAACCUGGAGGACAACAUGAAGCUGAUGAAGUUGAAGGAGGAGGUGUCAGUCAUCGAGAAGAAGAUCAAGUGUGAGAAUGAUAAGUUGGGAGGUUACGAUCAACAAUUGGAUGCAGAGAUGAAGACUUUGAAAGGUGAACUGAGCACGGAACCGCUGACAACGGAGGUGGCCUCCACUGACCUGGAUAAGUACUACAAGGCACUCGAUAAGUUAGUAUCUCAGAUGCAGACCGUAAUUGAUAUGGACGCAGACAUAGAAGCAAUAGAGAUAAGGUCAGAUGUUGAAGAUGAUUCAGGGACAACAAAAACAAGACGAGCCUACCACUACAGAGUAGUCAUGUUGAACGGGGGGGUUGAACUGGACAUGAGGGGACGGUGCAGUGCCGGACAGAAGGUGUUGGCCUCACUGAUAAUCAGAUUGGCACUGGCAGAGACCUUCUGCCUCAACUGUGGAGUGCUGGCACUCGAUGAACCUACAACCAAUCUCGACAGGGAAAACAUAGAAAGUCUGGCAUUUGCAUUAGUCGAAAUAAUAAAAAGUCGGUCGAAGCAGAAGAACUUUCAGCUGAUUGUGAUAACCCACGACGAAGAUUUUGUUGAACUUCUGGGGAGGUCAGAGUUCGUUGAGGAGUUCUUCAGGGUCAGGAAGGAUGAGAUCACAGGCUGUUCGAAGAUAAGUAGGAGCAAGAUAUCAACGCUGCAGACCAAGUGA